CCACAGCGGCAGACCACGCCGUGCUCAGCGGACUUCCAAAAUCACUCAAGACAUUCGAUAUUUGAUUCUCGCUAAUUUCUAGGGUUACCUCUUCCGAAAAUGGACACCUAUCGACAGCUACUUGAUAUGUUUUGCGGAGACAUCAGUCUCUCGCAGUUUCUCGUCACCGUGCUCACAGCGCCGUGUUUUGAUGAUCACCCUGCAGUUGCCGAGUUGAUAUCUCGCAACGACAACAUCAUCCGUACGUUGUCACUCCACGUGAAGUCACGCGCUACCUUGUUAGAGUGGGCAAGGACUACCAUCAACGCGGACUGUGUUUGAGAGGUUCGAAAACUUGCCAAGGUCGAUAACGGAUGGCAAUUCAGUGCGCUGCAUGCAAAGGCGGAGCAAAUCGAG